CUGGAGUCCCUGAUUCUUUUCUCUGUUAACUGUGACUCUCUGGUUAUUGGGAGGGCCUGGCUGGGAGAGGUAUCGGACGCCGCGCACUCACUCUUCUUCCGGCGAGGACCGAAGAAGAAGCCGAGUGGAGUCAGUGUGGCAGCUGCUUCCUUUCCGGGCGGCUACCUGUCAUACCAUGCUUUCCUGUGAUAUUUGUGGUGAAACAGUAUCCUCAGAAUCGGACAUGAAGGCUCACUUACUAAUUGUUCACAUGGAAAAUGAAGUUGUGUGUCCAUUUUGCAAGUUGUCAGGUGUGAAUUAUGAUGAAAUGUGUUUUCAUAUUGAAACUGCUCAUUUUGAGCAGAAUACACUGGAAAGAAACUUUGAGAGGAUAAAUGCAAUACAAUAUGGAACUUCAGAUCAUGAAAAGGGCAACACCCUACAGUGUAGAACAGAAGUUAAUUCAAGUAUUCAUUUAGCUUGUGCAUCUAAUCAUCUGAAAAAUUCAGCUCAAAGCCUGCCUAAGGAUAGCACUUUAAAACAUGAAGCCUUUUAUGCAGAGAACUUAACUGAAUCUAGAAAAUUCCUGAAAAGUAAGGAAGAACAGUCUGGCCUAACUGAAAGAAAAGGAUCAAUUUAUGAAACAGUGUACAGUCCUCCCGAAUGUCCAUUCUGUGGAAAAAUAGAGGAAUGUAGUCAAGAUAUGGAAACUCACGUGAAAACAAAGCAUGCCAAUCUUUUAGACAAUCCAUUAGAAGACUGUGAUCAACCGCUCUAUGACUGCCCUAUGUGUGGGCUCAUAUGUACAAAUUACCAUAUUCUCCAGGAACAUGUUGACUUGCAUUUAGAAGAAAGCGCCUUUCGACAAGGCAUGGAUGGAGUACAGUGUUCUAGUGGUCUAGAACUGGCUCACCAGCUUCAACAAGAAGAAGACAGAAAGAGGAAAUCUGAAGAAUCAAGACAAGAAAGAGAAGAAUUUCAGAAGCUACAGAGACAAUAUGGUUUAGAUAAUUCUGGAGGCUACAAACAACAGCAACUACGAAAGAUGGAGAUAGAAGUAAAUAGGGGAAGAAUGCAUCCAUCUGAAUUUCAUAGAAGAAAAGCUGAUAUGAUGGAAUCGCUAGCAAUUGGUAUCGAUGAUGGAAAAACAAAAACUUCUGGAAUUAUGGAAGCACUUCAUAGGUAUUAUCAGAAUGCUGCCACAGAUGUGAGGCAUGUGUGGCUUUCUACAGUGGUGGAUCACUUUCAUUCAUCGUUAGGUGACAAAGGUUGGGGUUGCGGUUACAGAAAUUUCCAGAUGCUUCUUUCAUCAUUAUUACAAAAUGAUGCUUAUGAUGAUUGCUUGAAAGGUAUGUCAGUUCCUUGCAUUCCAAAAAUUCAGUCUAUGAUUGAAGAUGCGUGGAAGGAAGGUUUUGAUCCUCAGGGGGCCUCUCAACUUAAUAACACGUUACAGGGAACAAAGGCCUGGAUUGGAGCAUGUGAAGUAUAUACACUCCUGACCUCCCUAAGAAUAAAGUGCCGUAUUGUUGAUUUUCACAAGUCGACUGGUCCUUCGGGUACACACCCUCGCUUGUUUGAGUGGAUAAUGAACUAUUAUUCUUCAGAGAGAGAAGGAAGUCCAAAGGUAGUGUGUACAUCUAAACCUCCUAUCUAUCUUCAGCAUCAAGGUCAUAGUCGAACAGUUGUUGGAAUUGAAGAGAGAAAAAACCGAACAUUAUGGUUACUAAUAUUUGACCCUGGAUGUCCUUCUCGAGAAAUGCAGAAACUAUUAAAGCAAGACAUAGAAGCCAGCAGUCUCAAGCAACUUCGGAGAUCUAUGGGAAAUCUAAAACAUAAGCAAUACCAGAUAGUGGCAAUAGAUGGUGCACUUUCUCAAGAGGAGAAAAUUGUAAGUAUCCAAAUAUUUAUUAUGUGAUGCUUGAGUGGGUUGAACUUAAAGUUUAGAAUUUUUAG